UUUCUAGAAACCGUCAGUCCUCGAGAUCCAGAUACCUGAAGAUCCCAACAUCAUGACCUCAGUUUCAACACAGUUGCUCUUGGUCCUCAUUUCACUGCUUUUGGUGCUGCCAGUUGUUGAAGCAGUAGAAGCUGGAGAUGCAAUCGCUCUCUUGCUAGGUGUGGCUCUCAGCAUUACUGGCAUUUGUGCUUGUUUGGGGGUAUAUGCACGAAAGAGGAAUGGACAGAUGUGAUGGUGAUGGGCCUUCUGCAUCGAACCUUGCCCAGAAAACCUUUGUGUUACUGAGGUUAAAAACUGAGCUUUAAAGUCUAAAAGUUCCCAAGAAACACGGUAUUUUCACAUUCUUUUCUCCCUGUAAAUGGGAACAAAUUAAUAUAUGUUAAAUGGG